UAAUUACUAAUACUUCACAUUUCUAUUCACUACAAAAAGGUGAGGUGGAGGGACAAAAACGGACAAUUAUUAUUGAACUCGCAAUGAAAGUUUGAAAAAUACCCAAAUGAUUAUCAUUGUUUAUUUUCGAUGUUUUGAAGCUUGACUUGAAACCAUAACAUUGCAAGGAAAAGACUGGCGGUUGCUGUUUGUUCACUGCCAGACCACGUUACCCGCCCUGACGAUACGGUUUACCGGAAGCACUAUCGACGCAGUGACGUCACUCGCCACCACAUGAUUAUUUGUGGGAAAUCGGGAUGGUUGACUGGCCUGUGGAGCAGUAUGUAUGCGGCGCUUCUCCAGAUUUUCAACUGCAGAAAUCUGGAACAGCAUAGCGCAUGUUCCCACAUACUGAUUUCGCUCGUGGCUGCGCUCGUUUUUUAGCCCAGUCGAUCAAUCGUUUAAACGGUUAGUCAUCGUGUGAUUCAGCUGUAGUUGGUAUAGUGUGCUGCGCGCGUAAGUGGUUGACUCAUUUCUGGUUGCGAAUUUCCUCUGGGCCCUUGAGAUGAGCAGCAUAAACUCGACAGUAAAGCUACUGUACGAUUCAAUGAAAAUCCAUUGAAAGUCACUUUUAAUCUUGCUGACUGUGGUCAUGUUUUAUGAUGGACCCAAUGCCGAGGUGUGAAAUGGUUUGACCCUGGUGAUCCCGUUAGAGUACCAUGUCGAAUGACGAGCAGACUCAGAUGGCCCAGAUGCGUUGUUGCGCGAGAGCUGACUUGAAGUGGUGUUUUUGUUCCACUGAACAAGCUUACACGCCGUAAAUGGCUCAUGUUCCCAAUUUGCAUACUUCUUACCUGAUUCAGCCUGGUCAAUAUUAUUAUACGCUGAGGACUUAAUUAAUCAUUAUAACGAUUUAGCGUGUUUUCGUAAAUACCGAAAAUGAGAUCAUCGCGCAAUCUUCGCCCUUUAAGUGGGGAAGCGAAAAGUCCCACUUCUCAACGACCACUGAUUACGGAUUUCGUGCUCCAAGAAAGACUGGGAUCGGGAUCAUACGCCAAUGUCUACAAGGCAUUCUGGAAAACGACGAAUGAAACCGUGGCCAUCAAGAAAAUCCAGAAAGCCCGGCUUAAUCAAGCAUCGAUAGAGAAUAUUUUACUGGAGAUUGAAAUUCUGAAAAGUCUAAAACACGACUUCAUCGUUGAAAUGAAAGAUUUCACUUGGGAUUCGGAUAACAUCUAUUUAAUCCUGGAAUAUUGUUCGGGCGGUGAUUUGUCUAAUUUUAUCCGGACGCGGAGACGUCUGCCGGAAGCGAUUUGCCGUCGCUUCGUACAGCAGAUAGGUAAAGCUAUGCAGUUUCUCCGCUCAAAGCAUGUUGCUCAUAUGGAUCUAAAGCCAAAAAAUAUUUUGCUUUCCUCAAGUCGUGAACCGUUCUUAAAACUCGCCGACUUUGGAUUCGCUCAGUAUCUGAAAGCAACGGAUGGAGCGAACGAUAUGCGCGGUUCACCGUUGUAUAUGGCACCGGAAAUGUUUUCUGGCAAAGGAUACGAUGCACGUGUCGAUUUGUGGUCGAUCGGUGUUAUCUGUUAUGAAUGCUUAUUUGGCCGAGCGCCAUACUCUUCGAGAACGCUUGAAGAAUUGUUAGCCAAAAUAGCCGAAGGAUACCCGAUAAGCUUCCCUUCCGAUAUAAAGAUCUCUGACAAGUGCCGCGAUCUUCUCGACAGACUGCUCAAGCACGAUCCGAACGAGCGCAUAUCUUUUGAAGAAUUUUUUAAGCAUCCGUUUUUGGACUUCGAGCAUUUUCCUUCGGAUUCCAACUAUGAGAAAGCCUUAUCCCUAUGCAAAAUCGCUGGUGAUUUUGAUAAGAAGCAGUGCUAUGAAGAUGCCGUGAAGAAUUAUUUAGCUGGCUUGGAUUACCUUGUUCCCGUAUUGACAUAUGAAACGGAUGAGGCCAAAAAACGUACUAUCAAGGAGAAAGUGCAAGCUUAUAUGGCACGCACGGAAGAAAUUAAGAAGACCAUCCGAGCGGAAGGCCGACUGCCAUUGCUGUCGAGUCCUGGGCACGAUAUCGAAUUCAUUGAUGAGAAUGCUAUGGAUUAUCUGAAAAGAGUAUUCGAAACUGAACCAGCGAUCAUUGCUGCAUUAGAAUCAGGAAGCACUGCAGAAUACAUGGAAAACCAAGGACAUUAUAAGUUGGCUAUGGAAUAUUAUGAAGUGGCUAUUGAGCGGCUUAUGCGAUUUACCAGAGCAGGUAUGCCAGCGAGCGAGAAGCGUACGAAACUACAACGGCAGAUUGCGGACUGGCUGGAAAACGCAGAGAAUUUGAACGAGAAGAUGAAGAUGUUUGAACGUGACGACCAGUUAGCUAAAACCAUUAAUCCACUGGGCAAAACCAUUGCCAUACCGUCCAAGAAGCCGCUGCCUGCCAGUCAGUUUCGCAACAAGGAACAGCAGCUGCAGCCACCGGGAGAGUCUUCCAGUAGGCGUCGCACUAACCCUAAUACUAACACCAAACAGCCCCCAUUCCGCUCAAUUUGGCGCUAUUGACAUUCUUAUUUUGUCAGGGUGUUUUUUUUUUAUUUCUUUAGUUUUCCAGUCGUGCUCCCAACAGUGACGUACGCUUGCCGAAAGUCUUUGAUAUCCAAGUGAUCGCCUCAGUUUACUAUUUUUUUCGGCUUUUUUACUCGUUUUCUGGCUGUGAUAGAUACCAUUGUGUGCACGUUGUACCGGUUGUUACCGUCGGACUGUGUUGAUAACUUUAAAGUUUUACUUUUUGCAACGAAAAUCUUGUCAUUCAGAAUGUUGAUUUAUUGACGUGUAAAUCCUGAAUUGUAUACUGAAAUCUCACUGUCAGUAAUGAUUCAAAUACUAAAACUUCAAAUUUCAAAA